UCCCUCCUUCCUCCCCUUCCUCCCCGUCCUCUUUUUUCCUCCGGCUCGGCCCCCGCCCCGCCCGGCCCUCGGCCUGCCACCCACCGACAGCAGGCGGCGAGCCGGCCCCGACGCCUCAGGUCUGCUCUCCCCUCCCGCCCCAUUCUCCUUUGAGAAUGCGAGAUGGAGCCAGAAGAGCAGGAGCUGCUUGGAGACUACCGGUACCGGAAUUACUCUUCGGUGAUUGAGAAAGCUUUGAGGAAUUUUGAGUCGUCGAGCGAGUGGGCUGACCUCAUCUCUUCCCUCGGCAAGCUCAGCAAGGCCCUUCAGAGCAACCUGAAGUAUUCCCUCUUGCCACGCCGACUCAUCAUCAGUAAGAGACUCGCUCAGUGUCUGCACCCUGCUCUCCCCAGCGGAGUGCAUCUGAAAGCCUUGGAGACCUAUGAGAUCAUCUUUAAAAUCGUGGGGACAAAAUGGCUCGCCAAAGACUUGUUUCUUUACAGCUGUGGCUUGUUUCCCCUGCUGGCCCACGCAGCAAUGUCCGUGAAGCCGACCCUCCUGGGCCUGUACGAGAAAUAUUUCCUGCCUCUGCACAGGUCGCUGCUGCCGAGCCUGCAGGCCUUCGUCACGGGCCUGCUGCCCGGCCUGGAGGAGGGCUCCGACAUCUACGACAGGACUGACACCCUGCUCCUGAGGCUGUCGCAGGUUGUCGGCAAGGAGGUGUUCUACUCGGCGCUGUGGGGCAGCGUGCUGGUCAGCCCUGCCAUCCGCCUCCCGGCCUCCCUCUUCGUCGUCACUCACAUCAACCGAGACCUGUCCGGGAGGGAGCAGAGUCACAUGCUGGGGACCGAUUUCCACCUCACGGUCAAAUCUCUGUGUACAUCAGUAUUGGACUCCAAUGUCCUGGUGCAGAGGAACAACCUAGAAGUGAUUCUUUUCUUUUUCCCAUUCGAUACAUGUCUGGACCCCAGGCAAAGUGCCGUUCCGCUGUCUAGGGCCAACCUGAUCCACGUCCUCUCGGCAGCCAUCCAGACCCUGUUGAGGAGAGACAUGUCCUUGAAUCGAAGACUCUACGCCUGGCUGCUAGGCUCUGACAUCAAAGGAAAUAUUCUGAUGCCUGAAUCCAAGAUCUCAGAGUCCUAUGAAGACCAAUGUGGUUAUUUCUUUUCGAAAUACUCCAAAGACCUUCUAGUUGAGGGCUUGAUUGAAAUUCUGCGUCAGAAGUUCCCAGAUUCUGACUCGGAAGAACGCCAUCAUGCGUAUUUGAAACCUUUCCGGAUCCUAGUCUGUCUCCUGGACAAACCAGAGAUAGGGCCUCAGGUGGUUGGAGACUUGUUCCUGGAAGUGAUCAGAGCUUUUUACUCUUACUGCAGGGACGCUCUCGGCGUCGACCUGAAGCUUAGCUAUACCCAAAGCGGGAGUGUGCUAACCAGUGCCAUCAAAGAGAACCGAAAUGCCUCCGAGAUUGUCAAAACUGUGAAUUUGCUGAUCACUUCCUUGAGUUCCGACUUCCUCUGGGACUAUAUGACAAGGUGCUUUGAAGACUGCCUCAGAAGUAAAUCCGCAGGACUGAGUUACCCCAUUGCGAAGAAUGUUAGUCCGCCACCAACGAUUUCCGAACUCUGCACUCUGCUCGUGUUCCUGCUUGACGUUCUUCCCCUGGAGCUUUAUUCGGAAGUGCAGACCCAAUACCUUCCACAGAUGCUCAGUUAUAUGGUUCAGUCCCUCUUGGAGGAAAUGAACACCUUGAGUUUACCCGAGCUCACCCACGCCUUAAAGACCUGCUUCAAAGUGCUCAGCAAGGUCCAGAUGCCUCCGGCCUACCUGGACGUCGAGUCGGGCAGCGGAAACACAAGCCCAUCUGGAGACGACGGCGCCGAGACCCCUCCGGAAAUGGGGCCGGGGCUCGCGGAAGACGACGGGACCCCGUUUGCGCCGCUCAAGUCGGAAGACAGCGGCAUCGGCCUGAGCGCCUCGUCCCCGGAGCUGAGCCAGCACCUGACUGGCCCCCGGGUGUGCCCGCACCGGGACGACGUCUGGAAGGAGGGCGGGAGCAUGCGUAGGACGCUGCGUGCCAUCCAGAACCUGGUCGCCGACCUGGCCCACAAGAACCUGUUGGGGGCACCGGGCCCCGGGGACGAGACCCCCUCGGCGGCCACCCCCGGCCAGCGGGGUAAGAAGGAGACCCCCUGCGCCGCCCCGGAAGACUCCGCCAAGAAGAGAAGCUCGUGGGAGGCCAAGGCCAUCACGGUGCCCCAGUUCAAACAGAUGGUGUCGGACUGGUUCGCGGUCCGAGGGUCGCCCUUCAAACCCAAGAGCUCGGAGCCCGCCUUCCCUUCCGGCCUGAGGAACGACAAGGGGGAGGAGGAGGACAGGUGGAACGUGGACCCAGUGGCGAUCGACCUGGGAGACGGGAGAGAGGACUGCCGGGAGGCCUUUGCUGCGGCCUGCCACUUGCUGCUGGACUGCACGACGUUCCCCGUCUACCUCUCGGAAGAGCAAGUGGAGCAGCUGUACCUGUCUCUCUUCCGGGAUCCUGCUGGUGGUCACGACUCCGGCUUCCCCCUCUGGCUCAAGUCCCUCAUGACCGUCUGCUGCUGCGUGAGCGACUGCUACAUCCAGAACGUCGCCAUCUCCACCCUGCUGGAAGUGAUCAACCACUCCCAGUCUCUGGCUCUGGUGAUCGAGGACCGGGUGAAGCGGCACAAAGCCAGCGGGCACAACCCCUUCUUUGGGAAGCUGCAGAUGGUCACGGUGCCUCCCGUCUCGCCCCCGGUCCUGAAGAUCAUCGCGGAGAAAACCGACUUCUACCAGAGAGUGGCCCGGGUGCUGUGGAACCAGCUCAACAAGGAAACACGCGAGCAUCACGGCACCUGUGUGGAGCUCUUCUACAGACUGCACUGCUUGGCCCCGUCACCCAACAUCUGUGAGGAUAUCAUCUGCCACAUGCUGCUGGAGCCCGACAAAGGGGCGAGGCUGGAGGCCCUGUUCCGAUUCUCCGUCAUCUGGCAUCUGACACGAGAGAUCCAAGGCGGCAGGGUCACCUCCCACAACCGGUCCUUCGACAGGUCACUCUUUGUAGUCCUGGACAGCCUGAAUUGCUCAGACGGAGCCAUUGGGGCGGCCGCCCAGGGCUGGCUGGUCCGGGCCCUGUCUCUGAACGACGUGGCCCGCAUCCUGGAGCCGGUGCUGCUGCUCUUGCUGCAGCCGCGGACGCAACGCACCUCCAUUGGCUGCAUCGAGCGGCAGAGCUCGGCAGACCCGCGCCUCUGGUUUCCCGAGAGAAAGGGCGGACGCGGAGAGCCACCGGGCGCCUCGGAGCCCCCCGAAGGCGGCUCGGAGGACGAGCUGCCCUCAGGCCGGUUCACGACGGUGGACCGGGAGGCCAUCUGGGCCGAGGUGGAGCGCGACCCGGAGAAGUUCCGGGCCCGGCCCGAGCCGGCCGACAACCCUCCGGGCCAGGCGGACGGACCCCAGGACAGCAGCGAGCGCACCGAAUCGGCGGACCCCAGCUCCGGCCACACGGACAGCGAGGGCGGCUCCUCCUCGUCGAUGCCUUCCCUCGACCCCCCGGGGCCGCCCGGCCUGGCGAGGGUCGACUCGGACAGGACCCAGGCUUCGGAGUCGCUCUCGAGCGACGAGGACCCGGACCUAGAGCUCCGGGCCGAGGCGGCGUCCGAGCCGCGGCGGCGGCGGAAGGAGGAGCAGGAGGCGACGGAGGCCCCGUUCCGGCACAUCCUGCUGUACCUGCAGCCGUACGACUCCAGGAGGGUGCUCUAUGCCUUGUCGGUGCUCGAGGCGGUGCUCAAGACCAACCCCGGGGAGUUCGUGGAGGCCGUGGCCCGGACCAGCAUGGACACCAGCUCCACCGCUCACCUCAACCUGAUUUAUAACCUCCUGGCACGUCACCAGGAGGCUCUGGCGGGGCAGAGCUUCUACGGGCAACUGCCGGCCCACUCGCCCACCGUCUGCCCCCACUCCCUGCUGAUCGAGCUGCUGACGGACCUCUGCCUGAGCUUCCUGCGCUCCUACUAUCCCCGCCACCUGCCCGUCUCCCACCGCGACGUCCUGGGCAACAGGGACGUCCAGGUGAAGAGCGUGGAGGUCUUGAUCCGCUUGGCCACCCAGCUGGUGGCCGUGGCCAAGGCGACCGAGGAGAAGGACGCGGCCUUCGUCCGCGAGCUGCUGGAGCGGUGCCGGCUGCAGGAGCUGGUCCUCCUGUCCCUGUCGGCCUCCAUGCACGCGAGCCGGAGGCGCGGGGGCCCGGUCGCCGCCGCCCCCGACCGCCCCCGGGGCGAGCCCCCGUCCGAAGAGGGCCUCGUCAACCUGGGCCGGGACCAGAUCUGGAGCGAGCACCCGCUGCAGCUGGAGCUGCUGAAGCUGCUGCAGGUCCUGAUCGUGCUGGAGCACCAUCUGGGCCGGCCGCAGGAGGAGCCCGACAGCCCGCAGGACCUGGCCGACCAGUGGCGCCGCGCGCUCGGCUUCCAGCGGGCCAUCGGCGCCCUGAGCUACGUGCGGCCCCAGCCGGUCACCUCGCAGGGCCUGUUCGUCUCGGCCGUGGUGCGGGGCCUGCAGCCCGAGUACGGCCCCGCCAUGCACCCGGCCUGGGUCGGCCUGGUCAGCGACUCGCUGCCCUACUUCGGCAAGUCCCUGGGUUGGACGGUCGCCCCCUUCGUCGUGCAGAUUUGCAAGAACCUGGACGAGCUGGUCCGCCAGUACGAGAGCGAGACGGCCAAGCCGACGGGCGGCGUCACCUCCAAGAAGGAGAACAUUCCUCCAGACUACCCUCUCACACUCCUGGAAGGUCUAACUACCAUUAGUCACUUCUGCCUUUUGGAACAAGCCAGCCCCACCCUAAAGCCAUCCAUCGGGAGCGACCCUACCAACCUGAGAAACGCCAGGAAUGCCAUUUUGGAGGAGCUGCCCCGGAUCGUGAAUACCAUGGCCCUUCUCUGGAGCGCGGUCCGGAAGGAGGACGGUCAGAAGAGACCAGCCGAUCUCCUCAGCGCCACCAGGGCGUCAUCUUCGGUUUACUUCAAAGCCACCAAAACGAUAAGGCAAAAGAUUUUGGACUUCUUGAACCCGCUGACAGCCCAGCUUGGGGUGCAGUUGGCCUCCGCCGUCGCCGCGGUGUGGAGCCGCAAGAAAGCCAGGCGGCAGAAUAAGAUGAAGAUCAUUCCUGAGGCGAGUGGGUCUCAACUGACCCUCGUGGACCUGCUCUGUUCCCUGCACACCUUGAAGACGGACACCAUAUUACACUUGGUGAAAGAGGUGGUCAAGAAGCCGUCCCAGAUUAAAGGCGAAGAGAAAUCCUCUCUGGUGGAUAUCCCGAUGUUACAGUUCAGCUUUGCUUUUAUCCAGAGGCUCCCUGUCUCCGCGCUGCAGGAGAAUUUUCCACCCCUGUUGGGCGUCUUGAAGGAAUCGGUACAGCUGAACCUGGCUCCACCUGGAUAUUUUUUGCUUCUCAGCAUGCUGAAUGAUUUCGUGACCAGAACUCCUACCCUGGAAAACAAGAAGGAUCAGAAGGACCUGCAGGAGGUCACCCAAAAAAUCCUGGAAGCUGUGGGCAACGUGGCUGGCUCUUCUCUAGAGCAGACCAGCUGGCUGAGCCGAAAUCUGGAGGUGAAAGCCCAGCCCCAGAUCACAGUAGACGAAUCCGACGCUGAAGAAGAUUUGGGUGAUGUUCCCACAGUCCCUUCUUCAAUGGUAUCGGCCUCUGCCCCGUCCGCGUACAGCGUCCAAGCGCUUUCUCUUCUCGCCGAGGUCCUGGCUUCUCUCCUAGACGUGGUCUAUCGUAGCGACGAGAAGGAGAAAGCUCUGCCACUAAUCUCACGUUUGCUAUAUUAUGUUUUCCCUUACUUACGCAAUCACAGUGCCUACAACAUCCCCAGCUUCCGGGCCGGAGCUCAGCUGCUCAGCUCCCUCAGUGGUUACGCCUACACCAAACGAACUUGGAAAAAGGAGGUUCUGGAGCUCUACAUGGACCCGGCUUUCUUCCAGAUGGAUACAUCCUGCGUGCAUUGGAAAUCCAUUAUCGACCAUCUUCUGACGCACGAGAAAACCAUGUUUAAAGAUUUGAUGACCAUGCAGAGCAGUUCUCUAAAACUCUUCUCGAGUUAUGAGCAGAAAGCCAUGCUCUUGAAGCGUCAGGCUUUUGCCGUCUUCAGCGGCGAGAUCGAUCAGUAUCACCUCUAUCUUCCACUGAUACAAGAACGACUGACGGACAAUCUACGAGUUGGACAGACGUCCCUAGUUGCUGCUCAGAUGUUUCUCUUUUUCAGAGUGUUGCUGCUAAGAAUCUCUCCUCAGCAUCUGACCUCCCUGUGGCCCAUCAUGGUCACAGAACUGAUUCAGGCAUUUACUCAGCUCGAAGAAGAUUUGACUGAGGAGGACGAUUCAGCCAAGUCCAACGGCAAAGUGAGCAGGCAUAAAGCCACAGGAGCAGAUGGCAGUGGGGAAAUCCAGCAGAACGAACUGGUGCUGUAUGUAUCGGCCUGCAGAUUCCUGGACACGGCUCUUUCUUUUCCUCCCGACAAGAUGCCUUUGUUUCAGAUGUAUAGGUGGGCGUUCGUUCCCGAGGUGGACACGGAGACCCCUCCCCUUCCCUCGGACCUGAUGGAGAGCCACGAAGAAUGCAAGCCGCACAUUGUUCGAAUCGUGGAACUUCUGAGACGGAAAUAUGGGGAUUCUAACAGUGUUAACCAGAGGAUGGUGAAGUGUGAAUUUCCUCUGUUACAUCAGCAUCCAAUAUCCAGCAUCUUGCAGCUAAUUCCGUUCUUCAGGACUCUCAGCUGGGCUUUUAAAACCCAAAAUAACCACUCCCAGAGCCCUUCAGAGUCUCUGUUCAUGGACUACCCAGCUGGAGAUGGCUCAAGGAUUUUGAAACACCUUGAAGAAAGCGUUGAAUAUGACUUUCUGGAAAAUCUGGAAUCCUAGCCAACCUGCAAGGUUUUCCAUUCGUGUGGAAUCGUCUGUGGUGGACACCGGGUUGUGAUCUGGAAGAGGAAAGGUUCUGGGCGGGGGGGUGGGGGAGGGCUUUCUUGGGAUUCAUUCUCUCCUUUUUAGAAGUGCAUUUCAGACUUCUCUCAUUGGCAUGAAACUCCUCUUCCAGAAUCCCUUGUGUUGUACCAAGUCAGAGACUUGGCCUUUUCUUUUCAGUUCAGGCAAUGAGAAGCAAGAGCGCUUAACGUCCUAAAAAAAAGGAGACCUCUUUGGUUUCCACCUGUUCCCCCCACCCCCGAUCCCUGCCAUGAUAUGAAGGAAAAAAUUCAGAGAAAAUGAAGCAAAAGUCAUGUAUUCCAGAGCGAAAGUAUAUGGGUGUUUGUCUCUCUGAGAAUGUAUUGUUUCUCUAACCAGGUAAACCAUUAAAAAAAAAUUGUUUUUGAA